AUGCAUGGUUUCUUCAUGUUGGUCUUUAUGACUUCUGGCGAGCCCAGGCUUCCUACAGAAGAUGCGGAGUUCCUGGAAGCUGCCGAAGGCCUGGGGAACUCGCAAAAAGCCGAGGUGGCUUGGCUCGAACGGAAGGGCUACAGCUACCGCGGCGUCGACGUCACCACGUGGCUCGAAGAGGACGGCAGCGAAGGCUGUGGCCAUGCUACGAGGCUUGAUGUCGAGUCAAAGCCACAGGGCGCAAACCCAACACCUUGGGCGCUCCCGCACGAAAUCCCAGCAGGUGCAGCAUCAGAUCUUAACCAAGCCGUUGGCGCUCCCGCGAACCCGGAUCUGUUGGAGUAG